UGAGACUGAUCCCACCCUCCUCAUCCCGAGAGAGGACUAGCUCUAUGUGCUAUCCAGCAUGACAGCAUUGCGCUGCUGCCUCCAAUUUAGCGUCAGUCAUGACUCCGGCCGUAAAGACUAGCAGCAGCAGCAGGGUGCCUGGAUCUCUGCUGCUCCCUCUCAUAGCAUUCCUGUAUGGACUCCUUCUUCAUUACAGCUCUGCAGAUCCCAUGGUCCCCAUCAGCAAAGACAUGUUCAUCAUGGAAAGUGUUGAGAUCAAUAUGUGCAUUACAAUGAAUUCAUCAGGCCUUUUCUUGCAAAACUGCAAUCCCCAUAAUGGAACCAUGCUGUGGAAAUGGGGAGCAGGACGGCGUCUUUUCAACAUUGGAAGCAGCAAGUGCAUGGGCCUGUACCUCUCAAUUCCAGAAGAGCCUUUAGCAAUGGUUGAAUGUGACUCCCCACAGCACACAUUAAGCUGGAGAUGCAGCGACGGGCUUCUCAGUGGCGUGGAUUAUUAUAAACUUGCCGCUGUAGAUGGGAAAGUGGUGGCCAGGAAACAGUUACUUCAUAAAUGGAGAGAUUAUUUAUCAUCCACUGAAAACGUUUGUGACCAUUACUUCCAAGAAAUACAUACACAUCAAGGGAAUGGUAUGGGCAAGCCAUGUGUAUUUCCUUUUAAACACAAUAACACCUGGUAUCAUGAGUGUACUACAGCAGGAAGAAGUAAUGGCAUGUACUGGUGUGCCACCACCAUGGUUUAUGACAGCGACAAAAAAUGGGGCUACUGUCCUAGCAAUGACGGUGCCUGUGAUGUUUUAUGGGAGAAAAACAAUCUUACACAUGUGUGCUACCAGUUCAACCUCAGGUCUGCGCUCCCUUGGAGUGAUGCCCGGGCAUCUUGUCUAGCGCAAGGCGGAGAUCUGCUCAGCAUCAUGAAUGUGGCUGAACAGAAAUACAUUUCCAACAGGCUAUACCAUACUGGAGUCAUGUUAUGGAUUGGCCUCAACCAACUAGAUGGCAGUGUUGGCUGGCAGUGGUCAGAUGGCACAGCACUUGCAUUCAUCAACUGGAGAACAAAUUUCACCUCUCAUUCCUUUGAAGAGAAGCAUUGUGGAGUAUAUGACGCAGUAGGACAGCACACCUGGAAUAGCUUUGAAUGUGACUCUAGAUUGCCAUAUGCUUGUAAAAAGUACCUCACACCGAGACAACAUGAAACCUUUGAAAACUGGAAAUACUACCCAACAAAAUGUGAGCUUGAUUGGUCCCCUUACAACCGGCAUUGCUAUAACCUCCAGACAGAAGAGUUUAGCUGGUUUGAAGCAUCAGCCGCUUGUAUCACCAAUGGAGGAGAAUUAAUGAGCGUGACCUCACUGGCAGAAAUUGAGUUUCUACUGCAUUUUCUUGCACAUGAGAAUGUGAGUGAGGCCUGGAUUGGACUAAGCACAAUAGAUAGGGACCUGGUCACAUUUCAGUGGUCGGAUGGCUCGGCAGUGACCUUCACCAGCUGGCAGAGACAUGAACCCGUCAGCCGAGAGGACAUUAAACUCUGUGUGUCUGCUCAGAGAGCUGGGGGAAACUGGAAAGCCGGACUUUGCAGCACACGUCUGGUCUCCAUCUGUAAGAAACCUGAACUAGCUGAGACAAUAAUGGAUGUUACGGUAGAGCAGUGUGACGAGGCCUGGGAAAGACAUGGUGCUUAUUGUUAUGGAUUUAAUGCCCGAAAAUUAACAUUUCAGGAAGCUUUAAGUGAUUCUUUCUGCCCUCUAGCUACAAUAACUAACAGGUUUGAACAAGCUUUUAUUAACAGCUUGAUAUCUAAUAAGAUUGCAGUUGAAAACCUUUACUUUUGGAUUGCACUGGAGGAUAUGAACAACACUGGUGAAUACACCUGGCUGGUGAACAAUACACAGCUUCGGGAUGUGAGCUUCACAAACUGGAAUAUACAGCAGCCCAGUCACAAUGGAGGAUGUGUUGCUGUGGGCAACAGACAACAUCUUGGUCGCUGGGAAGUGAAGGACUGCAAAGAUUUCUAUGCAAUGUCACUAUGUAAGCAGGUGCUAACAGUUGAAGAAGAGGAAGAAACAACCCCACAUGGAGAAAAUAAGGACCAAGUGUGUCCUUUUACUUGGGAUACAGAGCCAAGCCUUCAGCACUGUUAUAAGGUGUUCCAUCAUGAGAACCUGCUAAGAAAAAGAACAUGGCAGGAAGCUGAAGAUAUGUGCCAGGAUUUUGGAGCCCAUCUCAUUAGCUUCUCAAAUUUGGAAGAACAAACAUUUAUUAUUGAGCUUUUAAACACCAUGUUUACUCCAGGUCAGAAGAGACAGUUCUGGACUGGUUUCAAUAAAAGGAAUCCAUCCAGUGAAGGAUCUUGGGAAUGGACCGAUGGGACUCCAGUUGUGUCAUCAUUUUGGCAAGAUGCACAGAUUCAUUAUGACACAAUGAACUGUGCAGCGUACAGGACAGAUAUGAAAACUGUUGAUAUGAAAUAUUGUGAUGCUAAACUGGAAUGGAUCUGCAAAAUUCCAAAAGGCAUCACACCCAAGAUACCAGAUUGGCAUAAAGAUUUUCCAUGGUUUUUCCAUCAAGGAAAUAAUUAUUUUUUCUAUUAUGAAAAUGCUGAUUAUGAUUCAUUUAAAUUUGUUUGUACUUGGAUGCAAAGCGAAAUAACAUCUAUACAUACUGAGGCAGAACAAGCUUUCAUACACAGCAGAAUAAAAAAGUUGUCAAGCGAGACAAAGAAAUGGUGGAUUGGACUAGAGUAUGACAACCCUAAUGAUGGAUUCCAAAGAUGGGAAGAUGGAUCAUCAGUUAAUUAUACUAAUUGGGAAAAGGAUCCAGUGGGCAGCAGUUUCUCAGUGAAAACCAAGCAUUGUGCGUAUAUGGCAUCAGACACAGGGCUAUGGAGUUAUUCAGAUUGUUUUGCUUUGAAUUCGGCAAUCUGUAAAACAAAUGUUAUGUUCAAAAUGGAACAUCCCAAGCCCCACAAAGACCAUGAAGUGCAGAAGCAAGGAAUCUGCCCCCCAAACUGGCUGUACUAUGAAAGCAAGUGCUUCUUUGUACAUAAAAGGGAGGAUGGAAGAGAAUAUGACUGGUAUGCAGCAUCUCACUACUGCGAGGAACACAGCGGAGUUCUGACUGGCAUUACGAAUGAAAUAGAUCAAGCUUUUAUAAUUAUGCAGCUUUUUGGACAGAAAAACAGCUUUUGGAUUGGGCUCAGAGGCUACCAUUAUGAUAUGUGGGAAAAUGGAGCUUCAGAAACAUACAAUAAUUGGUCUAUAAUUCAGUUUGCCCAUACUAAUGUCAAUUCAUCAGAUACAGAUAAACACGAUCAACUAUGCCCUUUGAUAGCCGCGGAUCAUGAUAUUCAUCCCACCGGUGUACGAUAUCUUACAAACUGUACUGACGAAGGUUAUGGAUUUAUCUGUGAGAAAGAACAAGACAUUUCGAGUAAUGUUAUUGAUGAGUCCGAUAUGUUCCCGGUAUCAGACAUCAUGGAAUAUGGAGACAAAACAUACAGAGUGAUAUCCGGCAAUAUGAGUUGGUAUGAUGCCUCCAAGACCUGCCAGCAAUAUGGGGAUAAUUUGGUUAGCAUUGGUGACCUCUAUUACCAUGGCUUUGUAACAAUCAUUGUCCACCGCAUGGGUUAUUCUCAUUGGAUCGGAUACUACAGAGAUAACCGUGGACGCGAUUUUGAGUGGGAAGAUGGCUCCAGGUCUCGGUUUGUAGCAUGGCAAGAUGCAGAUUCGCCACAGUCAGAUGGGAACUGUGUAUACAUUGACACAAAUGGUUAUUGGAGAACUGAAGACUGUGAUACUGUACUGCAGGGCGCACUGUGCCUUACAUCCGCAGGUAACAAACCUGAAGAUUAUGGCGGUGUGUGCCCAGAAGAGUGGAUACCUUUCCAGAACUAUUGCUACAGCUUUUCAUCAGUUCUAAACACCACUUAUUUCCACGCAGCCGAAGACUUUUGUAAACAACAAGGUUCUAGAAUCCUUACAGUUUUAGAUGAAGAGGAAGACCUGUUUAUUCAGGAUGAGCUGCAGACUUUCACCUCUGUGCAGACAAUCUGGUUAAACAAAAUAAUUUCCCUUAAUAGUAGUACUGUAACUUGGUCAGAUGGCACUCUGGCAAAUUAUUCUAACUGGGAUCACUUGGAUUCUGCUGCAGCAAUUGGUGACUACUGUGUGGCUAUGCUGCUGAGUCGUGGUAAAUGGAGCAAUGCACUGUGCAGUGACAGGAGAGGAUUUGUAUGUAAGAAACCCAAAGAUAAACAACUAUCAGAAAACAACCUGAAUGUAGCACGGACAAGUCACGCAGUUAUCCCACUUGUUGUGGUAACAACACUAAUACUAUCUGCGCUCAUCAUUUUUUUCGGCUAUCUGUUUAAAAAGAACAAAAGUCUCACAGACCUUGGUAUUCAGACCAUCCAGUGCACAAAGUUCAGCAUUGAGGCUGCUGAUGUAGAGGAAUGCAUUCUAAUCACACAGCUGGAAACAGAGGACAGCAAAUAGACUUUAAAAGACACCAGAAGAAUAAAGAUGAUUUUGUAUUUGUAAAGACACUAAUUUGUUCAAAUGUU